UCCAGCAUGAGGUGCCGGCUGCUGGUGUGCUUGGUCCUCCUCGCGCACGCGGGGCCGCCGGCGGCCGUGGCGCGCGAGUACGCGGCCGUCUUCAACUUCGGGGACUCCCUGACGGACACCGGCAACCUCUGCGCGGACGGCAUCCCGGACUACCUCGCCACGGCGCGCCCGCCGUACGGCACGACCUACUUCGGCUACCCCACAGGCCGCGUCUCCGACGGCCGCGUCGUCGUCGACUUCAUCGCCCAGGAGCUUGGUCUGCCGCUGCUGCCGCCGUCCAAGGCGAAGAACGCAACGUUCCACCGCGGCGCCAACUUCGCCAUCACGGGCGCCACUUCGCUGGACAUGCCUUUCUUCGCGGCGCGCGGCCUCGAGCGCGCUGUCUGGAGCUCGGGCUCCCUGCACACCCAGAUCGAGUGGUUCCAGGACUUGAAGCCCAAGAUCUGCAGCUCCCCGCAAGGGUGCCGGGACCUUUUCCGGCGAUCGCUCUUCAUCGUGGGCGCGUUCGGCGGCAACGACUACGGCUCGACGCUCUUCGCGUCGCGGCCGCUGCCGGAGGUGCACGCCCUGAUCCCGCACGUCGUCGACUCCAUCGGGCGGGGCGUCGAGAGGCUGAUCGCGGAGGGCGCCGCGGAGCUGGUGGUGCCGGGGCUGCUGCCCACCGGCUGCUUCCCGCUGUACCUGUCCAUGUUCGCCAGGCCGCCGGGGAUGUACGGCGGCCGGAGCGGGUGCAUCAGGGACCUGAACACGCUGUCGUGGGUGCACAACGCCGCGCUGCAGCGCAAGAUCGCCGAGCUCCGGGCCAAGCACCCCGCCGUGCGCAUCGUCUACGCCGACUACUACACGCCGGCGAUCCAGUUCGUCCUCCACGCCGAGAGAUACGGGUUCCUGAAGCAGAAGCCGCGGGCGUGCUGCGGGGCGGCGGGCGUGGGCGAGUACAACUUCAACCUGACCUCCAAGUGCGGCGAGCCGGGGGCGUACGCCUGCGACGACCCCUCCAACCACUGGAGCUGGGACGGCAUCCACCUCACCGAGGCCUCCUACGGCCACAUCGCCAGGGGAUGGCUCUACGGGCCCUUCGCCGACCCGCCCAUCCUCGACACCACCAAGAACCUCGGCUAAUAACCUCCAUCCAUCCAUCGCCCAUUACAGAGUUUGUCUGACCGUGUCAUGAUUAUUGGGGCAUGUAAAGUAAAGCUUAGGAAAAAUAAGUGUCCAUUAUAUUUAUUAUUGAGCAGUAGAUAGUGACACAUAGUCGGUGAGCUCGUCGCUAGUAUUGCCUUAAUUGUCAUGACUCAUGAUUCGUCCUCUACCACUGAUGCUUGAUGUAGAUUCAUACAAUCACAUUUCUGGUAGAACGAAACCAAAACACGAGGAGAUGAAUUCUAACGUUACC